CGCGCUCCGCCCUCAUGAUGCCGGGGUGGGGAGCAUGGCGUCGCUGUCGCCGCCGGAAGUGGCGGAAGGCUUUGGAGAGCGGACUCGGCGAAGCGGAAGUCGCUGAGCUGGACGGAGGUGGCGGCAGCGAGCGACGAUGAACAACAAAUUCGACGCAUUGAAAGAUGAUGAUAGUGGAGACCAUGACCAGAAUGAGGAGAAUAACACACAGAAAGACAGUGAGAAGGAAAAGAACGAUCGAGAGAAACCACAGAGUACCACCAAGAGGAAGGCAGUUGUCCCAGGACCAGCUGAGCACCCCUUGCAGUAUAAUUACACUUUCUGGUACUCCAGACGAACACCUGGGAGGCCUACCAGCUCGCAGAGUUAUGAACAGAACAUCAAACAGAUUGGCACCUUUGCCUCAGUGGAGCAGUUCUGGCGGUUUUACAGUCACAUGGUACGUCCUGGGGACCUGACAGGCCAUAGUGACUUCCAUCUUUUCAAAGAGGGAAUCAAACCCAUGUGGGAGGAUGAUGCCAACAAAAAUGGUGGUAAAUGGAUUAUCCGUCUGCGAAAGGGCUUAGCAUCACGAUGUUGGGAGAAUCUCAUUCUGGCGAUGCUUGGAGAACAGUUUAUGGUGGGGGAAGAAAUCUGUGGGGCAGUCGUCUCUGUCCGAUUCCAGGAGGAUAUUAUCUCGAUAUGGAACAAGACAGCCAGCGACCAGGCCACGACAGCCCGGAUACGCGACACGUUACGAAGAGUGCUCAACCUACCUCCCAACACCAUCAUGGAAUAUAAAACACACACCGACAGCAUCAAGGCCUGGGAGGAGUUUCAUGGCCUGGUGAACAGCAGUGGCCGCUGAUCGAACGCUCCCCCCCCUCUGUCACACCCAGGGUAGGGCCUCAUCUUUCUUCCUAUGUGACUUCGUGGCAUACCUCUCAGCUUCCAACCCUCUUCCCACAGGCUGGCAUGUUUUCCUCUUGCCUUGUGGGCCUGGUGGUGGGCCUGUUCCACUGCUGGCUUUUUCCCAAAGGUCAAAAAGGUGUGGUUGUUUGUUGUUGUGUUGUGAUUUUUUUGACCAAAGAUGCCAACGUUCACAGUGGUCACUUUCACUCAGCACUUUCUGUUGCAGUGCUGUGUGCUGUUUUGCUAAUGUGUUCUUCCACUGUGCAAGGCAGUUGUAUCCCAGACCUGGUCCUAGGAGGCUGAGAGGUACGUCUUCAGCUUGGGUCUGCUGCCUAGGGUUGUCUGUUAGCAGCUAUGGAGUGGUAAAUGAAUGCUGAGCACAUCCAUGCGAUGGGCGCUGAGAGAGGCGCCUGGAGCUUGGCAUACAUGCCUUUGCUCUUGUCAAUGGGCUGGGGCAGAAUAAAUUAGUCUGUCAAUAAAAGCUUGUUCAGGAAGGACACAGAAGUUACUGUAUUUAGAAAUAAUAAUAAUGCUGUGGCCCAAGGGAUGAAACCACCUGCUACUUCUGGUAAUGGCAACUGAUCAUGUGCAGAGAAGAUAGGCAAGGUGAGCUGAGUGCUGUUGUGAUAGUUUUUCCCCUCUAAGGCCCAAUUCCCUGACAGCAGGCACUUUCCCUAAAAAGAACUAGCACGAGGCCUGGUGAUGAGGGCUGUGUUUGAUUGUAGCCAAGUGGGGUUGCUGUGUUGCCAAGUUCUUGGGCAGAGGAACCCACUCAGAGAAGCAAAUCCGCUGCCCAGAUCUCACCUUGUGAUGGUAUGUAGCUGCUCCAACACACACAGCCGAGCUCUGAAGGGCUGCUGGGAGUCCCAGUGCUCCAAAAACCACCUUCUGCAGCUUUGGGCAAACGGUGCUUUCCUAGUUUGCUCUGAAGUCGUUCCUUCCUCACCGAUCUGGCUUUUUGUGAGGAUCAAUGUUUACAAAAUAUUUCACAAGCACUUAGCAGUAUUUUUAUUGUUAGAGGACGUUUAAGUGACCUUCCAGAGAAGAAAACCAGCUCACUUCAUUAAAUACCAGUCUCAGAAGGCAGUACGUGUGCCAAGUGGAUAGGAAGACAGUGACAGAUUUGAUUUAGUUCUCCAGUAUAUUAAGUUACCUAUGCUAACCAGGGAGAGCAGUGGUGAGCGGAGGGAUGGGGGUGUUGUGAUAAUGAUGGAAAAAAAAGGAGAUGGAAAAACUGUUCAAGAACUAACCAGAGUGUGCCAUCCUUCUGGGGGUAGGUGACACAGGUGAAAGUGCACUAUGGGGUGAGAAGUCACACUGCUAUUGCAAAUUAACUGGAAUCCAGUUAAUGAAUCCUGAAUCGUGUUCCCAGAUGGCAGCGCAGCCUGCUUUGUUUGCAAGUACAAAGGUGAACCCUAGUCUUCUACAGAUGGCCUCCAGCAUGGCUUUUGCUGUCAAGUAAUAGCAGAAUAACUUGGUUAACUCUCCUGAAGAGUGUUUUUGACUUCCUUCUGCUCCUCCAGCUUGCCUCCUGGAGCUGUUCCAGCAUGCGCUGUGAUGUUACAGCUGCCACGUGGCUCUUAGCAGCGCACAAACCUAGCUCAAGGGUUUCAACAGGAUUUUACAGUCCUGCAAAGCACCUUGAUUCUGAAGCUAUGAGCUGCCUUCGCUCUUCAACACAGCCGUCCCAAUUUGGUGCGAUGUGUGCUGGGGCAUCCUUGGGCGUUCGGUUUGGGCAACUUACUGUCCUGCCUUGUUAGGGGAAGGCACCAAACCCAUCCUCCCAAAAUAAUUGUCAUCUCCUUGAAUUCCAUUUGGAUUAGAAAGAAAACAAACUAAACCAAACCCAUACCUUUCUAUUAAUGAGUAAAUAUGCUUUGCCUAUUGCUGCUGCUCGCAGGCUAGCAGUAAGCAGUAACAGAGGUUUCUGUAACCUGCCCCAUCUUCAAUCACUGCCGCAUCCUGCAAGACUAUACAAAUGAAGGUGGUGGACCAGCACUCCUUUGUCGGUAGCCCCGUGGCUGUACUCAUGUGAGUAAAAGCUGCUGAAGAAACUCUCCUAUUUAAAUUUGGGGGAACUGUCCUUUUCAGAUUAAAUAGUCCCGUGGUCUCUCCUACUUUAAAAGAGUAAACUUGUUGAUAAUGGGACAAAAGGAUAAUGAUAAUGAGACAAAACAUACUGGACUGCCAGUGUUCUUUGUGCUCCAGGCAGAAUCUGUGAGGACAGAUAUUUGAGAAGGAAUAGAUCUUGCAGUUUGUUUAAAUCCCAGAAUCUGUCAGGGAGGUUUGCAGUGCCUACUGUACGCUCUGAUCACAAGAGAUAACACCUUUUUCUUCCCAGUGAAUGAUGAUGAAGCAAGAUCUCCUUGUGUUCUGGAGCAGCAGGUUGGCUCAGGUGGAAAGCGUCUAGUUAGGAGGCAAAUCUGCUGAGGAGAUCUAAGAAACAUUGAUUUGGGUGACAUGCUGGGAUGGCAACAUCGGUAGCCAUGGUGGGUGGAAUCGUAGGGUGCUGUGAUCUGAACAAUGCGCACCUUUAACCUCUUUCUUCCCUCUGUUUUCCAGGGAUAAUUCAAGCUUUCGAAACACAAAAAUCACAUUGUGAGAACAAGAGUUGGCACUAAGCUCCUCUCUCCGUGUUGAAAGCACUGAGAGGUCUCCACCAGUGCCCUCCGACCUCUGAAGGGACUCAUGGGCCACUCUCGCACUCCUCCUCGGAGGAAGGAUCCAUCUGAAGCCCUCCAGCAGUGGUGAUGAUAGAGGCUGAUUUUGUCAUACACAAACUUUUUUAGCAACGGGGCGGGAGGCCAACCUUUCGAUUAGCAGCGUGCCCUUGGGGCCGCAUCUUGCAGCACUUUCCUCUCUUUCUGUACGUGGCAUGCAGGAUCUCUGGGAUUCUGCCUUGAUGUCAGAGCCUUUUGCUGAGGGAUACCAGUAUUAUAAAUCUCUCUGCAGCUGGGAGGAGCUUCCCAGUUGAGAGUCAGCCCCAUGGUUUUCAAAUGCCCACUUUCAGCUCUGCCAAUAAAUUAUUGGGUCUCUUUGUUUCUUUCA